CCACUUGGGACAGGUCCCUGGGUAGGUAAGGAGGUGGGUAGGAGCUUGCUUAUAGAAAAGUGGAAUCGAGUCCUCUGUGUUAGUGGAGCCGCUGCCGGCGAGGAACUCAGGGCCGGCGCCGGUCCGUUGAAGAGUGCUGGAGGCCAAACUUGAAAUACAAGUUUAAGGUUCCCCAUCGGGGGAAAGAUAAGAUUCAGAUCUCCCCCGGCCCGGUGUGCAGCAGGAGCGACCAACCCCGACCCGGGUGAAAGCAGGGAACCUUCGCUGUCGCCACCUCGUGUUCUCUCCCCACGUUCCCACUCGGGGUCUCCCUCAGGGCUGGGAGUCACAGUAGUCCCCGCUUGUGGAGGGGCCGGAUGUACGCACCCGCAGGUUCCCGCUGAGCCCAGGCGCCCGCAGAGGUCCUGCGUUCGCCUCCUGCAGCCUCAGCCCGGGAGGACGGCGAGGGGCGAGCUGCCGCCAUGAUCACCGGUGUCUUCAGCGUGCGCGUGUGGACCCCGGUGGGCGUCCUGGCCUCGCUGGCCUACUGCCUGCACCAGCGGCGGGUGGCCCUGGCCGAGCUGCAGGGGGCCGACGGCCAGCGUCCGGUCGACCGCAGCCUGCUGAAGUUGAAAAUGGUGCAGGUCGUGUUUCGACACGGGGCGCGGAGUCCUCUCAAGCCGCUCCCGCUGGAGGAGCAGGUAGAGUGGAAGCCCCAGCUAUUAGAGGUCCCACCCCAAACUCAGUUUGAUUACACAGUCACCAAUCUAAUUGGCGGUCCGAAACCACCUUCUCCUUACGACUCUCAAUACCGUGAGACCAUCCUGAAGGGGGGCAUGUUUGCUGGGCAGCUGACCAAGGUGGGCAUGCAGCAGAUGUUUACCUUGGGAGAGAGACUGAGGAAGAACUAUGUAGAAGACAUUCCAUUUCUUUCACCGACCUUCAACCCACAGGAGGUCUUUAUUCGUUCCACUAACAUAUUUCGGAAUCUGGAAUCCACCCGUUGUUUGCUAGCUGGGCUUUUCCAAUGUCAGAAAGAAGGACCCAUCAUCAUCCACACUGACGAAGCACACUCGGAAGUCUUGUAUCCCAACUACCAAAACUGCUGGAGCCUGAGGCAGAGAACCAGAGGCCGGAGGCAGGCUGCCUCUUUACAGCCAGGAAUCUCAGAGGAUUUGAAAAAGGUGAAGGAAGGGAUGGGCGUUGGCAGUAGUGAUGGCGUGGACUUCCUCAUCCUCUUGGACAAUGUGGCUGCUGAGCAGGCACACAGCCUCCCAAGCUGCCCCAUGCUGAAGAGAUUUGCACGGAUAAUUGAACAGAGAGCUGUGGACACAUCCUUGUACAUACUGCAGAAGGAAGACAGGGAAAGUCUUCAGAUGGCAGUAGGCCCAUUCCUCCACAUCCUGGAGAGCAACCUGCUGAGAGCCGUGGACCCUACCACUGCGCCGGACAAGAUCAGAAAGCUGUACCUCUAUGCGGUUCAUGAUGUGACCCUCAUACCGCUCUUAAUGACCCUGGGGAUUUUUGACCACAAAUGGCCAUCGUUUGCUGUUGACUUGACUAUGGAACUCUACCAGCACCUGGAGUCUAAGGAGUGGUUUGUGCAGCUCUAUUACCAUGGGAAGGCACCAAGUAUAAUAGAAAUGAAGAAAACUCUAGGGCUUCUCCAGCCUCACUUACAAGGAAAAAGCAAACUCCUCUUCAUCGCUGUGUUGACAUUUCAAAACCGGCAUUUAUCGAGACCAUCCUGGCCAACAUGGUGAAAUCCCGUCUCUACUAAAAAUACAAACAAUUAGCUGGGAGUGGUGGUGUGCACCUGUAGUCCCAGCUACUUGGGAGGCUGAUGUGGGAGAAUGGCUUGAACCCGGGAGGCGGAGGUUGCAGUGAGCUGAGAUCGCGUCACUGCACUCCAUCCUGGUAACAGAGUGAGACUCCAUCUCAAAAACAAAACAAAAUAAAACAAUCUGGCAUUUAAGUAUUUACACUCUUUCAUCUAUUAAAGGUACAUAUACAUGUAUAUAAGUAAAUCUAUAUAUGUAUAUGUGUGUAUAAAGGUUUUCAAUAGCUCGACUACUCGAAGCUAUCCUAGAGAACUUGACCAAAGCCCCAGGAGACCAUCUGCAGUCUGGAGAACAGAAUAAAUCACAGUAAUCCACCAUCCCCUGUAACCAAAUACAUUCUGACUGAACCCAAUGGCAAUGGCUCAGUUUCUAGCAAGGUGCCAGGCCCAGCCCUUUCUUCAUUUGACGUGGAGAACUGAGCAGCCAGAAGCCAGUACUCCAGAGCCCUUACAGCGCUGCUGAAAGCAUGGCCUCGAUCACAGAGUGAUUCAUGGCGAUGGACAGGCGUCUCCAGGGAAAACAGCUCACGUUGUAGCUGCUGAGCUUCCGUGUGGGAAGUGAGGAAAAUGGAGGCUCCUGGAAGCUUGGCAAAGAUGAGAAACAAACAUGAGCUCCCGCGGUCUUUAAUAAAAGGAACUUUGGCUGUAGAAAAAAAAUAUAUUGAAAACGUAAAUUCACCCUCAACACUAAUUAAUUGGACACUGGAUACCACUGAGAUUUGUAAGCUGUUUCUGCCCUUGACCCUGCCUCCAGCCUCUGGAGAACGGAAGAGUGUGGCUAGCACAGAGCUGCGGGUCAGACCCUCACGGGAGGGGUGGCUGGUCCAGGUGCAGGUGGUUAGGGUGUGAGAAACCCAGCCUCCCAGAUCCGGACAGCAGUGCACACAGCCGGCUCCAGUGAAGACAUGCUUCCUAGCGCUGGGUUUCUAUAAUCUGUUCUUUGGAACCCCAGGGCAUCUGCAUAAUUGUUUGGGGACACUAAGGGGGUAUUUUGCAAGAGACGUCUUGAGUUAUUUCACGUUUGGUGAAAUCACGGAAUUUUCCCAUGCUUUAACUAUGUGUGAGGAAAGAAUGUCUGAUUCUUCUCUUUAUGUUCUCUUCCUAUGGUUAUACGUACACUCAAGGUCUUCCUCUGGCAGUGCUGGUUACCAAGCACGAUUAAGCACUGGACAGAAAGUUAACAGCUGAGGUGGGGUCACCUAUAGGCAGAAAACAGAUUCACGUCCAUUUAAGAGUAACCCAGAUAAGAAGCCAUGGUAGAUAGAGACAACUGUUACUCCGACCCUCAUAGCAUACCUUCCUUUUAAGAUUACUUGUAUGAUUUAGCCCCCUCCAAUAGGAAAUGUGUGGCCACACACUGGUCUUGUGCUUUAUAAACUUAUUGCUUUAAAUGCGUUAUUAAAAUCUUACCAGCCAAUUAGGAUGCCAUGACGUUUCUUAAAUGUAAGGGUUUGUGACUUCGAAAAAAAUUUCAGGUCUGAGUUAGAGAAAAGAUAGUGGCAGUGAGGCUCAAGUUGUCUAAACAGCAUGGGAAAUAAGAUAGCAUUCGAUGGUAUUGAAAGGAUUUUGUUGAGUAAGCACAUUUUUGCAAGUGAUCUUCCUGUAGUUCUCCCGCCCACCCUCAGUCUAUCUUCCACAUCCCAGCCAAUAAGAUCACCUGAUCCCUUGCUUAAAACUUGGAAGUUCAAACUCUUUAGUGGGCCACGCGGGGCUCUGUGUGACCCACCCUCUCUCUGGGCUUACUUCUCACUGCUGCCUCCCUUAAAGAGGCCAUCCCAUCAGCUCCCAUUUCCUCUGCUUCAGUGCUCACCACCAUCCUCCAGGAAUGCUAUCUCUUUAAGAGUCAGUUCAGGCCGGGCGCGGUGGCUCACACCUGUAAUCCCAGCACUUUGGGAGGCCGAGGCGGGUGGAUCACGAGGUCAAGAGAUCGAGACCAUCCUGGUCAACAUGGUGAAACCCCGUCUCUACUAAAAAUACAAAAAAUUAGCUGGGCACGGUGGUGCGUGCCUGUAAUCCCAGCUACUCAGGAGGCUGAGGCAGGAGAAUUGCCUGAACCCAGGAGGCGGAGGUUGCGGUGAGCCGAGAUCGCGCCAUUACACUCCAGCCUGGGUAACAAGAGCGAAACUCAGUCUCAAAAAAAAAAAAGUAUUUUACAUUGUUUUAGGGAAAAUGCUACAUACUCCUACUUAGUCCUAAAAAAAAAAAAAAAAAAAAUGCGGCCCGGCGCAGUAGCUCAAGCCUGUAAUGCCAGCACUUUGGGAGGCCAAGGCGGGAAGGAUCACGAGGUCAAGAGAUCCAGACAAUUCUGGCCAACAUGGUGAAACCGCGUCUCUACUAAAAAUACAAAAAUUAGCUGGGCGUGGUGGCCUGCGCCUGUAGUCCCAGAUACUCAGGAGGCUGAGGCAGGAGAAUUGGUUGAACCCAGGAGGUGGAGGUUGCAGUGAGCCGAAGUUGUGCCACUGGACUCCAGCCUGGUGCCUGGCGACAGAGUGAGACUGUGUCUAAAAAAAAAAAAAAAAAAAAAUGCUAUGGGCUAGGCACAGUGGCUCACACCUGUAAUUCCAGCACUUUGGGAAGCUGAGGUAGGCGGAUCACUUGAGGUCAGGACAUCGAGACCAGCCUGGCCAACAUGGUGAAAUCCCGUCUCUACUAAAAAUACAAAAAAUUAGCUAGCCAGGUAUGGUGGCAGGUGCCUAUACAAUCCCGGCUACUCAGGAAGCCAAGACAGGAGAAUCACUUGAACCUGGUAGGUGGAGGCUGCAGUGAACUGAGCUGCGAUCGCACCGUUGCACUCCAGCCUGGGCAAUGAGUGAAACUUCGUCUAAAAAGAAAAGAAAAAUGCUGUGACCGACACUCCCUCCACCAGUUACCCCUGAAGCGAACAAGUCAUCACUGCAUUCCCUCCAUUCAGUCCCCAAAUUCAGGAGAGGAAGGAGAGGAGACUGGAGGGGCUCUCACAGGAUUAUGUUAAUCUGAAACAUCUUCAUCACUUGCACUGAUUAUUAUUUUUUUUUUGAGACGGAGUUUCGCUCUUGUUACGCAGGCUCGAGUGCAAUGGCGCGAUCUCGGCUCACCGCAACCUCCGCCUCCUGGGUUCAGGCAAUUCUCCUGCCUCAGCCUCCUGAGUAGCUGGGACUACAGGCACGCGCCACCGCGCCCAGCUACUUUUCUGUAUUUUUAGUAGAGACGGGGUUUCACCAUGUUGACCAGGAUGGUCUCGAUCUCUUGACCUCGUGAUCCACCCGCCUCAGCAAAAAAAUCUUGAAUCAUAACAAUCCUGCAGGAUGCCGGAUGUGCACAUGUACCCCAGAGCCCAAAGUACAAUUAAAAAAAAGAAAAAUCUUGCAUCAGUUCUCCAUACAGUCCAGCUUCUCAAAAUGUGAUUUUAUUUUAUAACAAUCUUAGUAAAUGAAAAUUAUCAUAUGUAGACCCUAAGUAAAUCUGGCUUGUCAGAGAUUAUCGUCAUGAAAUGCUGGCAUAUGCUGAUAAAGUGAAGGAAGAUUUAUGAUGGGGUAUUUUAGAAACUCAGGUGGGGAAAUGGAUCUGCACUGCCGCAAGUUCUCCAGCAGGGGGCUGCGGGGGAGGGCCGCACAUCCAGCUGCCCGCAGCCACAGCCAGGUUUCUUGCUAGCCCUCUAAGUGGGUACCCGCUCUGCUCUGUGGGUACCUUUUAUGCCUUGACUCCUGGCGCGGGAGAGUAACAACAGGACCACGCACCAUUAGUAACUCCAACACUAUUGGGUACAGCAAGGAGGGGAGCUACCCAAGAGCCAGACCAGUAGACAAGUACCAGGUGGGACCCUUUCUUCAGGUUCUCAUCUUGUGCUGCCCAUGCUUGGCUGUUAGUCUGUUCUCAUCUAAAUACUUUAAAGCCAGAGAACCCAGAAACAUGGCUAGGAUUGUGAAACAAAAUCUUCAUUUUACUCUCCUGAUUACCACAUGAAAAUUUCACCACCCGGCACCAACAGAUCAGAUUGAAUCAGAAUUCUUAAACUUGGGAGCUCAGUUUCCUCAUCUGCAAAUGAGCUGAUUACCACUAAUUUCACAGGGCCCCUUAAAAAUCAGCGAGAUAAACGUGCAAGGAGGUGACUGGUGGAGUAGGUACUCAAAUGUUCAUCUCCACAUUUUUUGUUGUCUGGGGCCCCUGUGUUACUGAGAAGACAGUGCUGUUGAAAAGCAAGAGAAAACGGCUCUCCAAAACCGUUGUCAGAGAGAAAAGCCCAGACUGCGAAACUCCAGCGGAGCCUAGUUUGUACAGGUUCGUCUGCAGUGACUGUGCACCUGCUGCUCCUCGCUGAGAUGCUCUCACCUAAGAACGCCCACUCACUGAGCUAAAAACACCUACAACAACUCAAAGAAAUACACACGCCAGAACAGAAACAACUGCACAGGAGCACAACAGCGAGUCCAUGAGAUACAUACCUUGCAGGGUACACACGGAUGUGAUGAAGAUGUGUGUGGCGGGAAAUGAACAGUGCACAAAAACCGAGCAGGGUUAGCAGAGGUGACGGAAGCGGGUGAGGAGGUGGGAAGGCAGAAAGGACCGUAGAAACCCCUAGACUGUGGAAACCCAUAAUUUGUAGGUAUCGUAAUAAUAUUACGAUACCCCUCAACGAGACCCAGGGACAGCUCAUAGCUUAUUCAAAUAACUAAACAUGCAACCUUUGGCCUUUGAGUUACUUCAUACCACUAAAUUGGUUCUCACAAACAUUCCUAAUAAAGACCAUUACUUGCCCUAGAGGUAAAGUUCAGCAAUGGGAUCACAGCUGCUCUUCUGCUGUACCUAGGAUUUCAUGACUGAGACACGAACAGUACAGGAUAAACGGGCAUGAGGAGUUAGUCCUUAACAGCAUGGAAUAUGGUUUAUUUGAGAAGGUACUUUCAUUUGCUCUCCCUAACCAUCACCUUAUUGAUAACUCCAAUACAAAGAGUCUACGCCUCUGGGUCACAUGGUAACCGGUAUGCCCAGUAUUAAACUACCAGGAAUCCAAAUGAUCAGAAAAGACAGUUCAGUUUUGUAAGAAACAAUAUAUUUUAUUUUUCUGACA